GUCAGAAUGAAAGGCAUGGAGUUGCCCUGUGGCAGAUAAUGUUUAUAUUUGCUGUAAUCGUGAGAAAUUCGUGAAAUUUCCUUCCCAAUGUACGUUUUACUGCAGUCAGCAAGCAACCGUAAAAAGCCUCCAGGUCGUCUGUAGCAGUAUCGCUAAUUGCAUUUGUAGUUGUUACGAACAAAACCAAGUUAGCUAUUUUGCUGGCUUGCUGAACCUUCGACGAGCAAUAACUAUCCAAAAUAAUGCUAUUCAAUACAUUUAGUUGUGUCCUGAUUCGAAGGACGUGCGCCUACAGGGUGACAACGUACACACACUAUUCGGUGAAACCGUGGAGGAAGCUUAGAAUCUGUGAAGCACUCUCGACGCAGGAAAUUGGAACGCAAGUUAGAAUACAAGGCUGGGUCCGGUCGGUGCGAUCUCAGAAAGAAAACUUGUUUCUCCACGUGAACGAUGGCAGUUCCCUGCAGAGUCUCCAGGUCGUGGCCAGUGCGGAGCUGAAUUGCAGGAACCUCACGUUCGGCAGCUCUGUGGAAGUCUCCGGAAACAUUGUAAAGAGUCCUCACAAGAAGCAGGCCGUGGAGCUGAAGGCGAAUCAGAUCCGAGUCAUCGGGGAAUGUGACCCAGUGGAUUUCCCAUUUAAAGUGAAGGAGAGGCACGCGCUCGAAUACAUCCGGCAGUUUCCGCACCUGCGAUGCAGGACCAACGCCUUCAGCUCCCUGCUGAGGGUACGGAGCGAGGCCUCCUCUGCCAUCCACAGCUUCUUCAGGGAGAACCAUUUUGUGCAGAUUCAUACUCCUGUGAUCUCCUCUAACGACUGUGAGGGAGCAGGAGAGAUCUUCCAGGUGGAGCCUGCAGUGCAGGACAAAACCCUGGAUGAGGAGAGCCAUCACUUCUUCUCUGUACCUGCAUACCUGACUGUGUCAGGACAACUCCACCUGGAGGUGAUGGCAGGGGCUUUUCCUCGUGUGUACACCUUUGGUCCCGCGUUUCGAGCGGAGACCUCCCACAGCCGAAGACACCUGGCGGAGUUUUACAUGGUGGAGGCCGAGCUUUCUUUCACAGAGUCCCUGGAGGACCUUCUGACGGUCAUGGAGAACCUGUUUAAGUUCACCACAGAGUGCCUUCUGUCCCGAUGUGCUGAGGACAUGGAGCUAUAUCACAAGUACGUCGCUCCUGGACAUAAGGAAAGACUGGAUCUGAUGCUGAAGGAAAAGUUCAAAGUGAUCACCUACACUGAGGCCAUCGACCUGCUCAGCCGCAGUUCUCAGAAAUUUGAGUUUAAAACGGAGUGGGGCUGUGACCUGCAGACAGAGCAUGAGAAGUAUCUGGUGAGGCACUGUGGCAGUGUGCCCCUGUUUGUGAUAAACUACCCGUACGAGCUCAAGCCUUUCUACGCCCGGGACAACGAGGACCAGCCUCGACACACGGCGGCGGCGGUGGACCUCCUGGUCCCAGGGGUGGGGGAGCUCUUCGGGGGCACUCUGAGAGAGGAGAGGCUGGAGGUGCUCAGGACAAGACUGGCACGGGCUGGCUUGGAGGAAUCCUUACAAUGGUACCUGGAGCUGAGGCGGUUCGGGUCUGCUCCGCACGGCGGCUUUGGGAUGGGAUUCGAAAGGUACCUGCAGUGCAUUCUGGGAGUUGAGAAUAUCAGAGACGUUGUUCCGUUUCCACGGUCUCCUGACUCCUGCAUUCUCUGAGCCAAUCACACACGCCCUGUGUCUUUCUGCAUUUCAUCCAGGAAGUGAUGCGUUCUCUGUAUCAGUGUCUGACAGGUGUUGUUAUUAUUAUUUGGCUACAUCUUGAAUUUAUGGACACAUUUUAUGAAGAGAAGAGUGUUCUCUCUGCAAUCAUGUUUACUUCCUGUCUUGCUGAUCUUAUCAGCGAGUUCUUUAAAUAUUAAACUAAUGGGUUUGUACAGCCA